AUGCAACGAGAUAAUCGAAGCCGGAGCAAUAGCAGCAUCCGAAGUAUGGCGUCAAACUCGAGCGAUGUCGACACGUCAGAGUUCGAAGACAAUUCAGAAUUUUCACCCGAUACUGACGAUAACGACAACGUGUCACGUCACGAGGAUGAUGUUCAAGUAAAGAAAACAGUUAAAGUGAAGAAAGAGCCAACAUCAUCCUCAAGCCGUUCUAGUCACGAGGAGUCUGAGAGUAUCAAAGCGGAGAGUCCCUCAACCAUAUCUAGUGCUACCAUUCUGCAGUUCCGCAAACGAUUAAACCCAACUAAGGCUCGAGGACAGCCAUCUCACUCAACUUCGCCCCUGGGAGGGCGUGUAACACAAAAGACAACGUCGGAAGAGUCCGGUCGUCCGCUAAUCAUCUUUCCACGCAAGACUUUCAGUAACAGUCGCGAACGCUGGCGCCAACAAAACGUUAGCGGUGCAUUCUCUGAGUUGCGUAAACUCGUUCCCACCUACCCACCUGAAAAGAAGUUAAGCAAGAACGAGAUUCUUCGACUUGCGAUCAAGUAUAUAAGACUCUUGAGUAACGUGCUGGAUUGGCAGAAACAACAAGAAAAUCCGCUUCAAACUGUCAAGCAGCAACAGCCUGGUGUAGUUAUUCAUCGACGGUUGGCUACUCGUCAACAUCAACUACCCAGCACUGAGGCCAAAAAUAACCCAGAUUCUUUCAUCAUUGAUCCGCGCGAUCUGACCGUUCUGGUUAACCGUCACAAGUCCCCAAACAUGUAAGAUUGUCGAUUAACUGCCAAUGCUCGUUACUUAUCUCCCUACCCUCUCAAUUAUUUGUUACCUGUUGUCUCAGUCUAUGUAUACACGCGAUAAAAGGA